UGCUAAGGUUUUUCAAGAGGGAGAAGAGAAAAAAAAGGAGUAGUCAGUAUUCUUCAGCACCAUGAUGAAGUUCAAUAUUUAUUCGGUGCUGCUAGUUUUGUCUAUUGCAACUGGAGCAGUUAUCGCUGUGGAAGAUCCUGGCUUCACUAUUAAAAAGUAUGGCUAUGAAACUAGGAUGGCAGCAGAUUGUGCACUCGAGGUUUUUGACAGCAUAUUCAAGACUGGAAUUGUAACCAAUAAAUGUUGUCAAGAGCUCAGAGUUUUGGGUCAAAUUUUUCACAAUGCAUUUGUGUUGAAGUCUCUUCAAAAUCUUGAAUUCAAAAACAAGAAUUCAUCGAUGAUUUUGGCGAAGAGUAAGCAAGUGUGGAACAAAUAUGCCUUAGUUUCACUAAUUCCUUCCCCUGUUUAAAUUUAAAAAUUAGUUGUUACCAAUCAACAAUUGUAAAAGCAACCUUUAUGUAACCGAUAAUAUAGCUUUGAAUAACAUGCUUUGGUCGACCAUAUUAAAAGGGUCACUUUUGA